AUGAAAAACUAUCACUUCGAGAGUAGGCCCGUGGCGAGGCCGGAAACGGUGGUCUCGGGUGCCAAUUACCGCUUCACAGUCUUGACGGACCGGUUGAUCCGGUACGAGUGGUCCGAGGACGGGCAGUUUGAAGAUCGGGCUUCAACGUUUGCGGUGAACAGAGACUUGAGCAGCAAAGAGACGAAGCAGAACAAGACGGAAACGGAUGAGGAGGAGGAGGGGGCGGCGGCGGCGGUGGUGGUGGGGACGCCAAAGUUCCAGGUUGUCGACCACGGCGAGGAUGGCCUCGAGAUUAUCAACGAGUAUUUCCACGUGAGCUACGACAAGAAACGCUUCAGCCCCAGCGGGUUGCUCUGCACGUUUGCGGCCAAGAUCACGCUCUGGGGCUCCCAGUGGCGGUACAACGACGACGUGGGCGCGUCUCAAGGCUUCAACCUCGGCGGCACGGCGAGGACGCUGGACGGGUGCGACGGGCGGUGCGACAUGGGCUAUGGGGUCUUGUCGCGCGACGGGUACGCGGCCGUCGACGACAGCAAGUCCAUGUUGUUCGACGGGCACGGGUUCGUGGCGGGGAGGCGGGCCGGCGACAGAAUCGACGGGUACCUGUUCUGCCACGGGCUCGACUACAAGGGCGCCAUGCGCGACUUUUACGCCGUCAGCGGGAAACAGCCGCUGCUGCCCCGGUGGGCUCUGGGGAACUGGUGGUCGCGCUACUACCGGUACCGUCAGGACGAGUACGUCGGGCUGAUGGACAGGUUCAAGGACGAAGGCGUCCCGAUGUCGGUCGCCGUCGUCGACAUGGACUGGCACCUGGUGAACGACGAGCGGGUCCCCCACGCCGGCUGGACAGGCUACACGUGGGACGACAAGCUGUUCCCGGACCCCGGGCAGUUUGGACGGGAGAUGCACUCGCGCAACCUGAAGAUCACGCUGAACGACCAUCCGCACCACGGCAUCCACCAUCACGAAGACGCGUACCUGGAGAUGGCCGAGUUCUUGGGGCUCGACACGUCGCGGCACAAGAAUCCCAUCCUGUUCGACCCGACCAGUCCCAAGUUCAUGCAGGCGUACCUGGACAUCCUGCACCGCAAGCUCGAGGACGUGGCGUGUGACUUCUGGUGGAUCGACUGGCAGCAAGGCUCGUUCACCAAGGUCCCCGGGAUCGACCCGCUGUGGCUGCUGAACCACUUCCACUUCCUCGACAACGCGCGCGGGGGCAAGCAGCGGCCCAUCAUCUUUUCCCGGUACGCCGGGCCGGGGAGCCACCGAUACCCCGUGGGGUUCUCGGGAGACACGGUCACGACGUGGGCGAGUCUCGAGUUCCAGCCCGAGUUCACGGCGACGGCGUCGAACAUCGGCUACGGCUGGUGGAGCCACGACAUCGGCGGGCACUACGGGGGCACGCGCGACGACGAGCUCGUGACGCGGUGGGUGCAGUUUGGCGUCUUCAGCCCCGUGAUGAGGCUGCACUCGAGCAAUUCCCGCUGGUCGUCCAAGGAGCCCUGGCUGUACCGGAAGGAGAGCGAGGCCAUCAUCGUGGACUUCAUGCGGCUUCGACACCGCCUGAUCCCGUACCUGUACACGCGGAACGUGCUCGCCGGCACCGAGGAAGGCCUGCCGCUGGUCCAGCCCAUGUACUGGCUCUUCCCGGAACGCGACGAGGCGUAUUCGGUGCCGAACCAGUAUUUCUUCGGGCCGGAACUGAUCGUGGCCCCCAUCGUCACGCCCAGGGACAAGAGGACGAACCAGGCCAAGGUCAAGGUGUGGCUGCCGCCGAUGCACCGGCACGUCGACAUCUUCACCGGCACCGUCUACGACGGGGACCGGGAACUCAACAUGUACCGACCGCUGGAGGGGAUGCCGGUGCUGGCCCACGAAGGAAGCAUCGUCCCGCUCGACGCCAACCCGGUGCCCGGCAACGGCGGGCUCAACCCGGACCACUUCGAGGUGCUCGUCGUGAUUGGUCGCGACGGCCAGGCGAGUGUCCUCGAGGAUCCCGCCGACGACUCGGACCAGGUCAAGAAGGAGUCCCCGAGCACGGGGGAGCGCGGGAGUCUGAUCCAGUACCACCAGGACGAGGGAGACCUGGUCGCACACGUCACGGGCCGGACGUGGACCUUUCGGUUCCUGGCCGUCACGGACGUUCCCAAGGGAUUCAAGGUGUGUAUCGACGGGGACGACCGCACCGGGGACGCGAAGGUCGAGAUUCAGAAGUUUCCCCACACGCCGUCCAUGCUGGUCCGCGUGCCGUACGUGUCCGACCGGGAGAAAUAUGCCAUCACCGUCUCGCUCGGCCCGGACCCUCAGCUGAGCGUGAUCGACCACAGGGACAGGAUCGAGAGGUUGUUGCUGGACUAUCAGACCGAGUUUGACCUCAAGGACAAGCUGUGGAGCAUCGUCGACGACCGGAAGAGUUCCAUCAAUGUCAAGAUCGGCAAGUUGAUGAGUCUCAGCGUCGACGAGAGGCUGACGGAGCCCGUGGCCGAGUUGCUGCUGAGCGAUGCAAGAGGCAUGUGA